AGCAGCUAACUUCACUUCAGAUAUGGCGCUUCCUGGUUCUUUUCGUCAUCGUUUCCUAGAGAAAAAGACUCGAGAUGGCCACCACAUCACCGCAUCUUAACUGGUUGAUCGUCCGCAACAACAACUCUUUCCUGUUGAAGAAGCGCGAUGUGAAGAAACCUUUCAGUACGGAGGCAAGCAAUUUAACCAAUGUAAGCUCAUUCCGCUACAGUGGAUUGGUUCACAAGAAAACCGUUGGUGUUGUACCCGCUGCCGACAAGAAGGGAUUUUCGGUUGUUCUAAAGAAGGGCAAGAACGCUCAGCGUCCCGCUAAGAGUACCGUUCGUGUUUCGUUUAAGGCCGGGCCCAGAAGGGCACUGAAAAAGCUGAAGAAUCUUUUGACCGGUGCUAAGUACCGCAAAGAUCUAACUCAGGCUGCCCUCCGUCGUGCAUCUGCUGUGCUCGCAUCGCAGAAAACAGCUCCCGUUAAAAGUGCAAAGAAAGCUGAAAAAAUUUAAAACAUUCGCACCUGAACCUUGAAUUUUAGUUAAAAAUGGCAAAUAAAACGUGGAAGAUAUAAUUAAAUGUAUCAUUUUUUCACAAGUAUGGUUACAAAA